UGGAUUCAAAAAACAGUCGUUUCAUCGCAUCUCUUUGUAUCUUUAAAUCAUAAAUAUUAAAGAGCAGCAAACAUAUCUUUGUUGAAGAAAUUCGUAGACCAUCCUUUUAAAAAACAAAAAAGAACAAACAAGAAGAGGAGUAAUUUAUAGCUGGCAAGGUACAAUUCAUAGUACACAAGGUAUGGUCUCUAUUGCAUAUACUUCCUUUAAGGGGGCACAUCCUGACAUGGGCAGACAAAAGAUGUACAAGUGAUCCCCAUCCUUACACCUAUGGUUUGUCCCCAUCCGAACUAUUUUCAAAAACCGAAAGCCGAACUUUCGGUUGGUGGUACUUACUCUCCUGAACUCAGCAGUAGCAUCAUAAAACAUGUAAUUAAUCCAUCCAGCAUCUCUAGCAGCAUUAUAAAUGUGCCUAUCGAUAAAAACAACAAUUUGUAAAACCAAUAUAUUCUAGAGCGGCAAAAAAAUAGUGUAUCAAUCCACAUACGUAUCAUAUAUGGAUGAGAAACGAGUUCUACGAAUUUCGAGAUAAGGAUUCACUUCUCUAUAGACUUCUACAACUUCAUUAGCAAUAUAUUCCCCUUCAAUAUCGCAGUCUAGCCACAGAAUGAGCGCAAGGUGGCAUGUCAGACUUUGAAUGCUAGAUGGAGCGAUUAUUGUAGAAAACUCUUAAGGCCUCAUGCUAUGCAAUACGAAAACUAUUUGCAAAAUUAUACUAUGCCGAAACACGGAACACAUCCUCCAGUUCUCCCAAUGAUUGGAAUGCCUCCAAUAGAUGACCUGGAUCCAGAUCAGAAGAAAUUAUGUGAGCUGGUUGUUCGACACUAUUUGGCAUCUAUAUCUUCGACUACUGUUAAGAGUAUUGAUACAACAGUAAAAAUUGAUGUUGCUGGACAUAGCUUUACCGCUUCGGGCACCCAUCGACGAUGCAUCUACAUAUAAGUACGCUGGUUGAAAAGGGCUAUGCCAUGAGGGAUGGGAUCAAUUUGAGGCCAACUAUACUUGGUAAGGCAUUAAUUGAAGGCUACAAAUCGAUGGGUGUUGAACUGUGGAAGCCAAAGACACGAAAAGAAUUGAAUGACACCGUAAAAGCAAUUAGUGUUCGCGAAAUGACAAAAGAUGACGCUUUGAACGAGUGGAAGGACAGAAUGAAGGGUCACUUCCGACAUGUCGAAAAAGAAAAAAAACAAGCUUUCGGACGUCUUUGGUGAAUGUUAUGAGAAAAAAAGUACAACCGGAAAGCGGAGACGUGAAGAAGAUAAAGAUUCAAGAACUGAUGUAAAGUACAAAGGGUAGGUUGUUCUUCGUGUCGGAUAACUAAUACUAGUUACUCCUUAGUAUUUCGAUUUGGAAACAUGAUUUCAAAAUUAACGUUUGCUUAAUUGAUAAGCUUUGGAUUCGAUUU